GGAAGGAAGCACCUCGCCUGAACAGGACCGCAGAUUUGUGACAGCGUCCUGAGCUGGUGACAGACCUACUCUGUGACUUUCAGCCAGAUUCAGCCCUCACAUUCCUGAAAACAUGACCCUCGCCGCCUACAAAGAGAAGAUGAAGGAGCUCCCACUCGUGUCCUUGUUCUGCUCCUGUUUUCUGGCCGAUCCUCUGAAUAAAUCAUCCUAUAAAUACGAAGGCUGGUGUGGGAGACAGUGUAGGAGGAAAGAUCAAAGCCAGCGGAAAGACAGUGCUGACUGGAGAGAAAGAAGAGAGCAGGCAGACACAGUGGACCUGAACUGGUGUGUAAUUUCCGACAUGGAAGUCAUUGAGCUGAACAAAUGUACCUCGGGCCAGUCCUUUGAAGUCAUCCUGAAGCCACCUUCCUUCGAUGGGGUCCCCGAGUUCAAUGCCUCUCUACCCAGGCGGCGAGACCCAUCACUGGAAGAGAUCCAGAAGAAACUAGAAGCAGCUGAGGAGCGAAGAAAGUACCAGGAAGCUGAGCUCCUGAAACACCUAGCAGAGAAACGAGAACACGAGCGGGAGGUGAUCCAAAAAGCCAUUGAGGAAAACAACAAUUUCAUCAAGAUGGCUAAGGAAAAACUGGCCCAGAAGAUGGAAUCCAAUAAGGAAAACCGGGAGGCCCAUCUUGCCGCCAUGUUGGAACGGCUGCAAGAGAAGGACAAGCACGCGGAAGAAGUGCGGAAAAACAAGGAGCUGAAGGAAGAGGCCUCCAGGUAAAGCCCAGAGGCCAAAGAAGUUUCCAGAACAGCCGGACAGCUCCAGCAGC